AUGGCACCACACCCUCUGGACCCCCUCUCCUCCGCGGAGAUCGAGAGGGCCAUCGCAGUCGUCACCAAGGCGCACGGCGAGGUCUUCUUCAACGUUGUCUCCCUCCACGAGCCGCGCAAGGCCGAGUUGACAGCAUGGCUCGCCUCGCCCUCCGCAACACCACUCCCGCGCCGCGUCGCAGACGUCGUCGUGAUCGCAAAGGGCGGAAAGGUCUACGAUGGCUUCGUUGAUCUCGCCUCCGGCCAAAUCACAAAGUGGGAGCUCAUGCAAGGCGUCCAGCCCAUCAUCACAAUGGAGGAACUCCAACUCGUCGAGCACAUCGCCCGCACCGACCCCAAGGUCAUCGAGCAAUGCGAAAUCUCCGGCAUCCCCCGCUCCGACAUGCACAAGGUCUACUGCGACCCGUGGACGAUCGGCUACGACGAGCGCCACGGCAACACCAUACGCCUCCAGCAGGCCCUCAUGUACUACCGCCCGGACCCGGACACCUGCCAGUACCAGUACCCGCUCGACUUCUGCCCCAUCUACGACGCCGACAAGCAGGCCAUCAUCGCCAUCGACAUCCCCAACGUCCGCCGGCCCCUCAACAAGACGGCCCCCGUCGACUACCACCCGGCCGCCAUCCAGAAGCAGGGCGGCUACCGCCGCGACCUCAAGCCCAUCAACAUCACCCAGCCCCAGGGCGUCAGCUUCAAGAUGGCCGGCCGCGAGCUCGAGUGGCAGAACUGGAAGUUCCACAUCGGCUUCAACUACCGCGAGGGCAUCGUCCUCAGCAACAUCACCUACAACGACAAGGGCAACGUCCGCCCCAUCUUCUACCGCCUCUCGCUGGCCGAGAUGGUCGUCCCCUACGGAAACCCCGAGCACCCCCACCAGCGCAAGCACGCCUUCGACCUCGGCGAGUACGGCGCCGGCUACAUGACCAACAGCCUGUCCCUCGGCUGCGACUGCAAGGGCGAGAUCCAUUACCUGGAUGCCGAGUUCCCCACGCGCAACGGCGGCGUGAGGACCAUCAAGAACGCCAUCUGCAUCCACGAGGAGGACAGCGGUAUUCUCUUCAAGCACACCGACUUCCGCGACGACUCCGUCAUCGUCACCCGCGGACGCAAGCUCAUCAUCCAGCAAAUCUUCACCGCCGCCAACUACGAGUACGCCGUGCAAUGGAUCUUCCACCAAGACGGCACGAUCCAGCCCGAGAUCAAGCUCACCGGCAUCCUCAACACCUACAGCAUGAACCCCGGCGAGGACACCAAGGGCUGGGGCACCCAGGUCUACCCGGGCGUCAACGCCCACAACCACCAGCACCUCUUCUGCCUGCGCAUCGACCCCAACGUCGACGGGCCCCGCAACACCGUCUUCAUGGUCGACGCCGUCCCCUCCGACGCCCCCGUCGGCUCCCCCGAGAACUACUACGGCAACGCCUUCGGCGCCACGAAGACCAAGCUCGACACCACCGGCAGGUCCCUCACCGACUACAACGGCGCCACCAGCCGCACCUGGGAGAUCUGCAACACCGAGAAGAUCCACCCCUACAGCGGCAAGCCCGCCUCCUACAAGCUCGUCAGCAGGGAGGUGCCCGGUCUGCUGCCCAAGGAGGGCUCGCUGGUGUGGAAGCGCGCCGGCUUCGCCAGGCACGCGGUCAUGGUCACAAAGUACCGCGACGACGAGCUCUGGCCCGCGGGCCGCCACGUGCCCCAGACCUCGGGCGAGCCGUCCGCCGGCAUCCCGGAGUGGAUCGGCGACGGCUCCGAGCCCGUCGAGCAGGAGGACAUCGUCUUCUGGCACACCUUUGGCGUCACGCACAUCCCGGCGCCCGAGGACUUCCCCAUCAUGCCCGUCGAGCCGAUCACGCUGCUCCUGCGCCCGCGCAACUUCUUCAAGAACAACCCGGUCAUGGACGUCCCGCCGAGCUACGCCAGCACGCCGAGCCAGGUCGCCGCCGGCAAGGGCGUGCUGGAUGCGACGGACAAGGUCAGCAAGCUUGCCUUCGAGGAGGAGUCUUCCUCGUGCUGCGCCGGUAAGAGCAAGUUGUAG